CGCACGCGGUCGUGCAGCAGCAGGUAAGGAGCGCGAGUGUGGACGGCGAACGCAGGACAGAGGGACGGUCCAAGUGUUGGAAUCUUCAAAAUAUAUCCCUUGCACCUCUUUCGGGAUUAUAACUCCUCUUUGUUUCACGCUAUUUUUUUUCUGUUCAGUGUAAACAUUGUUUAGCACCCCGGCAGUGCGGAGCCUGUUUUUAAAACUCUGUCAUGCUGAGAGAACUAUAAAACGAUGUGCGUGUGCGUUAUCAUUGGCUGUGGUGGCUUCAGAAAUUUCUGCUCAUGAACACGGAGAAGCGAAAGGACAGUUAAUUUUCUGCUUACCAAUAAGCAAACGGAGCGGAGAAGUUACGCGAUCCCGCUGGCACAUCAAUUUUUAUUCCGCAUAGUGGGAAUAUAUCCUCCUGUGGAGACAUGUCGGAUCCAAGAAGAUUGGAUUUUAAAACACUUUAAUUUGCAUCAAAAUGGAUUGAAAUAUUUAUUUUUGUGCUAUAUACUACAGUAACGCUGGUUUAAGUCAUUUCUGGCGUGUGUAUUUCACUAUGAAUCUUGAAGGCAUUUAAUGACUGGAAAACAAUGACUAUUUCGUUAGUGCUGCGUUCAGACCACGGGAGUCGUCAAUCGUAAUAAAUAGACUGAAGUGAAUAUAUUUGCGGCGGCAAAAGAAAAAACAAACAAACAAACAACAACAAACAAACAAAAAAAAAACCAGGAGUGAUUCUUUCUCUGUCUGAAAUUCACCGCAGCUGAGGCAGUGUAGAACGCGUCCAGAGGGUGAAGUCGCUUGCACAGAGAACUGACUACAUCUUAAACGGAGAGGGAAAAGACUCGGUUAGCUAACAAAUCUGAUCAAACUGUUGAUCACAAUUACUCUUAGCUUUUAUUUACUCAAACGGGGUGAUUAAACGCAGGGAACAAUGAGGACUACUAGUGCAGUGGACUAUCACUGCUACUGUUUUCUGAUCUUGCAGCUGCUGAGUCAGCCCGCAGCGAAGCAGGUGCUUCGAUACCGCUUGGCCGAGGAGGGUCCUGCCGAUGUCCGAGUAGGUAAUGUAGCCACGGACCUUGGUAUCGUCGCGGGCUCUGGGGAAGUGACUUUUACCUUAGAAUCUGGCUCUGAUUACUUUAAGAUCGAUAACAUUACGGGAGAUCUGAGCACCAACGAGCGGCGGAUAGACCGUGAAAAGCUGCAACAGUGCCAAAUGAUUUUUGAUGAGAACGAAUGUUUUAUAGAUUUUGAAGUGUCUGUGAUAGGACCCGCGCAAAGCUGGGUAGAUUUGUUUGAGGGGAAAGUAAUCAUUUUAGACAUAAAUGACAACACACCGUCUUUCCCGUCUCCCGUGCUCACGCUCUCUGUGGAGGAGAAUAGACCGAUUGGUACACUUUAUCUUUUGCCCACGGCCACCGACAGAGAUUUCGGCAGGAAUGGAAUAGAGAGAUACGAGCUGAUUCAGGACAACGGCGAGAGCUCUGUCCGGCGGCUGGGGUCUGCGAGCUCCAGCAGCGUGGACGCUCACUCGGGCAAACGGAGAUUCGACGACGGGGCGAGCAGGAGCAGCGUCUUUGAACUUCAAGUUGCUGACACCACAGACGGCGAGAAGCAACCGCAGCUGAUCAUUAAAGGCGCUCUGGAUAGAGAGCAGCGCGACUCUUACGAGCUGACUCUGCGCGUCAGGGACGGGGGCGACCCCCCACGCUCCUCUCAAGCCAUUCUGAGAGUGAUGAUCACAGACGUGAACGAUAACAGCCCGCGCUUUGAGAAAAGCGUGUAUGAGGCGGACCUACCAGAGAACAGCUCCCCUGGCGCCCCCAUCCUCCAGCUAAAGGCAGUGGAUGCUGAUGUCGGGGUUAACGGGCAGAUCGAGUAUGUGUUUGGGGCCGCCACCGAGUCGGUGCGGCGGCUGUUACGGUUAGACGAGAGUACAGGCUGGCUUAGCGUGUUGCACAGAAUUGAUCGGGAGGAGGUUAGCCAGCUGCGCUUCAGCGUCAUGGCACGUGAUCGCGGUCAACCGCCAAAGACCGACAAGGCAACCGUGAUCAUCAACAUCAAAGAUGAGAAUGACAACGUUCCAAAUAUCGACAUAAGAAAGAUUGGACGCAUUUAUCUGAGAGAUGGCGUGGCGAACGUGGCGGAAGACGUGGUGGUAGACACGCCCAUUGCAUUGGUUCAAGUGUCAGAUCGUGACAAGGGACCAAACGGCAUUGUGACUUGCACCGUGGUUGGGGAUGUUCCCUUUCAGCUCAAACCUGCGAGUGAGAUAGAGGGUGACAUGAACAAAAAGAAAUAUUUCCUGCAUACUUCAGCACCACUUGAUUAUGAAGCCAUACAGGAGUACAACGUUGUCAUAGUUGCAGUCGAUUCAGGCAGCCCCAGUCUGUCCAGCAACAACUCACUAAUUGUAAAAGUGGGAGACAUGAAUGAUAAUCCACCCAUCUUUAGCAAGAACACGAUGGAGGUCUCAUUCCCAGAGAACAACGCCCCUGGUGAACGUGUACUCACUGUAGUGGCCUUGGAUGCCGACAGUGGCAAAAAUGCAGAAAUUGCCUAUUCGUUGGACUCCUCUGUAAAUGGGAUAUUUUCGAUUGACCCGGACAGCGGUGAUAUUCGUGUCAACACUAUCCUGGACCGUGAGCAAACGGAACGCUAUGAGUUCAAGGUUGUUGCUAAAGACAAAGGCUUGCCUGUUUUACAGGGUUCGGCCACAGUGUUGGUGCUUGUGGCAGACAAGAACGACAAUGAACCGAAGUUCAUGCAGGACGUUUUCACUUUUUAUGUGAAGGAGAACCUGCAACCUAACAGCCCUGUGGGAAUGGUGUCUGUGAUGGAUGCAGACAAGGGUCAUAAUGCUGAGAUAAGCCUCUACAUUGAAGAGGAAGAGGACAUAUUCUCUAUUGAGAACAACACAGGAACCAUUUUCUCCACAGUAGCAUUUGACCGUGAGCAGAAGACCACCUACUCAUUCCGCGUCAAGGCUGUGGAUGGCGGGGAUCCACCCAGAUCGGCCACAGCCACUGUAUCACUUUUUGUGGUGGACGAAAAUGAUAAUCCACCAACAGUCACCUUCCCUAUGAACAACUCCUACACUCUUCUGCCUCCAUCCAGCAACAUCCGGACGGUUGUGCGGACGGUCAUAGCUACCGAUACCGACACAGGCAACAACGCUAACCUCAGCUACAGCAUAAUAGGGGGUAACCCAUUCAGACUGUUCGAAAUUGACUCUGCCACUGGUGUCAUUUCUUUAGUUAGCAAACUGGAGCAGAAACAUUUUGGCCUCCACCGCCUGGUUGUGCAAGUUAAUGAUAGCGGGGUUCCUUCCCAGAGCACCACCACACUAGUGCACGUAUACGUCAACGAAACGCUCUCCAACUCCACCGUGGUGGACGCCCAGGUCUCCAAGAGCCUGGGGACUCCUCUCAACGCCGACAUAGCCGGAGACCCCAACUACGACUUGGGCAAGCAGCGCUUGAGUAUCGCGAUCGGCGUGGUGUCAGGUAUCAUGACCGUCAUCCUCAUUAUUCUCGUGGUGGUCAUGGCCCGCUAUUGCAGGCCCAAGAACAAGAAUGGCUAUGAGGCAGGAAAGAAGGACCACGAGGACUUCUUCACCCCGCAGCAGCAUGACAAGGGCAAGAAGCCCAAGAAGGACAAGAACAAGAAGAAAUCCAAGCAGCCUCUGUACAGCAGCAUCGUCACGGUUGAGGCGUCCAAGCCCAAUGGGCAGCGCUACGAUGGUGUCAAUGAGAAACUCUCCGACAGCCCCGGAAUGGGCCGUUACCGCUCAGUGAAUGGUGGGCCUGGGAGCCCGGAUCUCGCCCGCCACUACAAGUCCAGCUCACCCCUGCCUACUGUCCAGCUCCACCCCCAGUCACCCACGGCAGGCAAAAAGCACCAGGCAGUUCAGGAUCUGCCCCCGGCCAACACCUUCGUGGGCACCGGAGAUAACAUAUCCAUUGGAUCUGACCACUGCUCUGAGUACAGCACCCAAACCAUCAACAAGUACAACAAACAGCCGUUCCGCCGAGUGACCUUCUCGGUGGUGAGCCAGCCCCAGGACCCCCACCAGGGCUCGCUGCAGAGCUGCUACGACAGCGGCCUGGACGAGUCGGAGACGCCCAGCAGCAAGAGCUCGACGGGCCCCCGGCUCGGAGCCCUGCCCCUCCCCGAGGAUGCCUAUGAGAGGACCACGCCGGAUGGCAGUGUCGGUGAGGCAGACCAUAUGGAAAAUGACUCGCGGCCUCUGCCUGACGUAGCCAUGACGGGGAAAUGCACGCGGGAGUGCGAUGAGUACGGCCACUCGGACUCCUGCUGGAUGCCGGUCCGCACCUCGCCCGAGCGCAGGCCCAAGGCCACCCCACCCCAGCUCUCUACCUUCAUGACCUCGCCCGGGGGUGGCGGCGCUGAGCCGCCCGGCAGCCAGGAGGCGCUGGCCAUGGCCAACGGCGACCCCUCGCACCUGCUGGGCGACCGCAACCGCAACCUCCUCAACAAGAAGAUGGCCUCCUCCUCCUCGACAUACGGCGCGUUUGGCUCGGCCGGCUUUGCUGGCGUCGAGGAGACGUCGCGACCCGCCGAGGAGAUCCCGCUGGCCCCGACGGGCGAGUACAAGCCCACCCAGUGUGGCACACUCACCAGGCGGGAGGUGUACCUGUAAACGUCCUCACGGCGAGUCCGCGGCCCGUUGCGCCGGUGACUCGACGUCUGCUGAGACUCUGUUAGCCAACCAAACCCCGGUACGAACGCCAUCAUAGAUGUUCCCCUCCCCCGCUAGCUCGCACUCACGAUUGUUUGAAAUAAGCAAGACCGUAAUCUGUAAGUAAGUGAAGACUUAAAAGCAUGGUUAAAGGUCUCGUGGACGUGAGGGAGGAGGAGGGAGAGGUGGAGGUGGAGAGAUGGAGAUGCUGGUGGAUGUGUACUGUGUUACCUUGCUGCUAGCGUUUCGGGCCCUCUGACUUUUCCAAAGUGCUGCCUGGUUGUGUAGACUUCAUCCUAAACAUGCAUGCAUAAUCUAGCCUCUUACAGGACUUGGACGUUACUUGAUAGGACUUUUCUUCUACUUAUUUUGUUCAUUCUUUUUCUAAAUGAUGAGAAAUGGAUGAAGGCAGGCCAGACUGGUGCUUUUUUUCUUGUAGGGGAUCAGUAUUGUAGAAACUUUUUUUUUUCUUUUUUUGUUUACCUUUUUUCGUAAUUAUCAUAUCUGUAUGCAAUCUGUCCAAGGAUUGGGCAACUUCACUGGACAACCUAUCACAUUCACCAAGAGACCAAAAAAAAAGGCCAAUCAUGGACAAGAACAUGAUAUUAUCAGUGAUGACAUGGAUAGAUAAUGCAGGAACAGAUGCUGGAACAGUUUCUUAUAUACUAGAACAUUUGAAUGACUGUAACCUUUGCAAAGGGUCUGUAGAUAUCUCUUUUAAUUCUAAAUGGCGCAAACCUGCGGCAUACAAGCUGUAAACGGUGAACUUGCUCUGCAAGAAGCAAGUUUACCUGUGUGCCUAUCUGCUUUUCAGAUACACACACACAAACAUACACACAAACACAUUUAAACACACUUUUCCAUGUGGGUGAUGAGCUGUACAUAAAUGUUCUAAACAUAUUCCGGACACAUGCUUGCUAGCCCAGCUGUCCAGUGCCACAUGCCCUCUCUUCACCUCUCUGUUCAGCCCUGCCUUGGGAGAGAGUUCUCCAAGUCUCCAAGGCUGACCGUUCUUGCCGGCAUGUCAUACAUAUGGAUAACUCUGGUCAUUUCCCUUCGUCUCUGGAAAAGUGGCUCCUCUAAGGACACAUGACGCAAACUUUGCUCGACUUCUUUUCCUUUGUUGUCUCAGAUUUAAAAUUAAGCCCUUAGUGACCUAUGGCACACCAGUUACACACACUCACAUAGCACCUUACACAAGUGUAUUAGAACUUAUUAGAACUAACUGGCUGUUAGGAUCUCCUGUUGGAUAAACAGAUAGCUACCAGGGACAUGAUUAAAGUGACUUGGUCCCAGUGACCUGCUUGGGCUGGCCCUGUGUAGCAUUCUCUUAGUAUGAGUGUUAAAUUGAGCAAUAAACCUGUGAGACAGACAAAUAUUCAUUUUCAGCCAGCCAGUGCAUAUACACCAAUACAUGCAUUAUAGGAAUGAGGAUCUACCAGCUAAAUGGAUUUGUACAAUCACUAAAGAUGUCAGUUGGCUCACGGCUGGCCAGGAGCACUUCUUACAGAGAGCAACAAAUGGUUGCCGUACGAAAACCAAAGUCCUGGGAACAACAAGACGUGACAUCUCGGUUACAGAGGAGACUGUGCUCUGACAUAGCUUUGAUCUGGUCCUGUUUUGCUUUAAAUUCCUGCACAUGUAUAUCUACACAGGCUAAGGGACAUGACAAAGAUGUCCGGAUGAUGUCCUUACUGAAACACACAGCCUCAUGCGCUUACUUUGGUACACACACACGCACGCACGCAUGCACUCACACACACACACACACACACACACACACACACACACACACGCACACACACGCACACGCACGUGUACACAUGCACGUCAAAGUCCUGCAUCCAGGAACCAUAAAAUAACCCUAGUUUGAGGCCGUAAGUACACUUACGAGGCACAAAAAUAUCUUGCCUUUAAAAACUGGGUGACAGUAACCAGAUGCAAUGGCUCCUCUUUUGUACGUUAGAUAACCUUCAGCUCGACUGGACUGCCAUUUCCUUGCAGCCCCUUGAAUCUGUAGUCUGUGUGUACUACUCGUCGUUAAAAGAAGUGCUCUGAUGCUUAUCAACUGUAUACUGAAAUAUGUACUUUUUAAUGCACGUUUAAAGGGAUUCUACUUCACUUACUAUGAAGGGAAAAAGAAAAAGAAGAAAAUGUAACAAAAAAAAAAAAAAAAAAAAAAAAAACCUCUUACUCUUACCCUGUGAACUUCGAGGUCCGUUGCUUGCUUUUGUUCUAAACAGACAUUAGACAUGUAGUAUGGCUUAGUAUAUCAGUUUGAUACGGCUGAAAAUGGAACAUGUAUAUUUCAACAAUUGGUCGGUUUAUUUAGCAUCACACUGUGUUUAAGGUUUGUUUGAUAAAUGUUGUUUCUUCUCACCAAAUGCCUUUUUUUUUUAAUUUCCUUUUUUUUCUUCUCUGCACCACAAACUCACAGUAAAAUCACCGAUACACUGAAGGAUUACUUGUCCGCGUCACACAUAUGACAUAAUCCAUGAUGGUACUCUGCGGGCAUGGUUUAAAGUUUUGUCUGUUUUUGAAAUGUGAACCUGGUAAUGAUGCGCUGUGUGCAGAAUUAUUCGCAUUUUGCUUUUUCUCAUCUCUUACUGUGACACUUUUUACUGAAUAUUUAGAAUGCUUCUGUAAAAAAACGGGGAAAAAAAUCGAAACAGAACUAUAGAGUGAAUGCAAAAUAUGCAACUGUGCCUUUUUAUACCAUCAUUGGUAUGACUCAUUGUCAGUUUUGACUAGUAUAAAAACCAAGACGCUUUCUAAAGUGGAUGAGGAGUGCUUUCUGCUGAAACUCCACUGCCUGGUGAAGUUUAUAUGAUAGACUUUAAAAGAACACACACACACACUCACACACACAGAGAGACACACACGCACACACACACACACACACACACACCAAAAAAAAAAAAAAAAAAAAAAAGCUUUUAUCUUGUGGCUUCUUUACGUAAGAUCAGUCAAAUGUUGUCAAGUCUAUCAAUACGUAAUAAGUGUACACAUUUUAGGUGAUAUCCUAGCAUAUAAAUCAUACAAUUUCAAAUUUAGCAUGGUUUCUUGACCAAACCGUUAUUUCUAUACAGAAUAAUAUUGAUAAUAAGGAUCAUAAUACUCAUGAUACUAAGGACACUGAACUGAUCAGCAAAGUCCAUGUUACAAUAGUUGAGUUCGGUGUGCAACGAAGAGAGAAACUAGCAACUAAGGUGGCGGGAUGAAGAACCGCCAGGCUGGUAAAAUAUGUACAGUAUGCUCACAGAUACACACGAACACAGAGAACAGCAGCCAUACAGAUAAUGAUAAAUGUCAGCACGUCUGAGCAAGCGAUACGAGACAGGAAGUGGCGAUACAGUAAUGAUGGCAAAGGAAAUGGAUUACAAACAGUUUGGCUUUGUCCAUAUUGACAGGAAAGCUCUCAUACCCUUUGCAGCAAAACAAGGCAGAAAUCAGACUGCAAUCAACAGCGGUAAGCAGUGUGUGUAUCAAAAACCCUACAGCAGCAGAACGGCGUGUUGUCAGCAUUGGACUUGCGAUAUAGGUCAGACAUUUCACAGCUAAUGGAGAGAUCUGUAAUAUUAACCAUACUCUAUUUGUCCUGCGACUUGGAUGUUGAUGUAGAAUUGACGAUCAGUUUUAAUCAUCAUUUUAUUAGGAGUCACUAUGCACGCAGCUUAGCUGAACAUGGCAAAAUGUACUGAACGCUGAAGUCCACCUCUAUUUAUGAACUAUUUUACAUAAUUUAAUUUUUGCUUUUGUACAGAUAUUUCUGUAAAUAAAUUGCUUGUCAUUUUUGUCUCUGCAGAAAUUAAAAUAUAACGUUAAAAAGUG